CACACACACACACACACGGCCCCGGGGCUUGCUUUUUCCUGAUUUAAUCACAGCCAGACGAUGCUGGAGACUUUCAGCGGGUCAGUCGGUCGGUCUCCGUGCAACGAUCAACAGAGUUGAUCCAAGCUAGAUCUACCACUUUCCACACCGACCUCUCUGUCCUUGGCCUCUUCCAUUACCAGAGUGAGGCCACGGGCAAACUUGUAUCCCUCCCCCCCCCCCCUCCCCCCCCCUGGCUUUAUCUAUUGCACUCGUCUUAUCCCCUUACCUGACAUCCUUUCUUCUCAUUUUCACCUCUAGUUUCAAGACACAAGGAACUGCAGAUGCUGGAAUCUUGAGCAAGACACGGUGCUGGAGAAACUCAGCAGCAUUGAUCCAGGGCCGGAGAACACACUGGCACAUCAUCACUGGAGAUAGGACGUUGAGCAGCUCUGAGUGCGGGAGGAGUUCACUCAGCCAUCCCACCUGAUGAUACAGUGGGGAGAGGACGUUGAACUGCUGUGAAUGUGGAAAAACUUUGCUGGACCUUCCCGCCUGGCGAGUCGCCAGUGAAUUCAUACUGCGGGCAGACCCUUCAUCUGCUGAAGGAGAUUCACUCAGUCAUCCAGCAUAAAGACACGGCAGCAAAUUCAUACUGAUGAGAGGCCAUUCUCCUGGGUGUGGUCAGAGAUUCACCCACUCGUCCAACUUGAGGACACACCAGUGAAUUUGCACUAGAGAGAGAGGCCUGUCGCCCACUUUGAGUGUGGAAAAGGAAUUAUUGAUUCAUUCGUUCUCUCCUCAAACCAGUGGGUUUACACUGGGGAGGGGCCUGUCAUCUGCUCUGAAUGUGGGAAGAGGUUCACUCGGCUGAGAAACAGCCGCAAAUUCAGACUGGGAAAGAGCCGAUCUCUGGCUCUGACUGUGGGAAGGAAUUAACUCAGUCGUCGGAGUUGAUCGAACACCAACAAGACCGCGAGCCGGAAUGCCCUCGCUCAUCGGAGCUCCUGAACCAUCAGCCAGACCGUGAGCAGGAAUGCACUCAGUCAUCAGAGUUGUUCAAAGAACAGCUAGAUAGUGAGCAGGAAUGCACUCGGUCAUCAGAGUUGUUCGAAGAACAGCUAGACAGUGAGCAGGAAUGCACCCAGUCAUCAGAGUUGUUCGAAGAACAGCUAGACAGUGAGCAGGAUUUCACUCAGUCAUCGGAGUUGUUUGAAGAACAGCUAGACAGUGAGCAGGAUUUCACUCGGUCAUCGGAGUUGUUGGACCAUCAGCUGGACUAUGAGCAGGAUUUCACUCGGUCAUCGGAGUUGUUCGGACACCAGCUAGACUAUGAGCAGGAUUUCACUCCGUCAUCAGAGUUGUUGAACCACCAGCAAAUUCAUAACCAGGCGAGGCCCUUCAUUUGCUCUGACUGUGGGAAGACAUUCACUCGGCCUUCCAACCUGAGAACACACCAACGGAUUCACACUGGUGAGAGGCCGUACAGGUGCACUGAAUGUGGGAAGGGAUUCACUCGAUCGUCUGAGCUGCUGGUACACCAGCAGAUCCAUACUGGGGAGAGGUCAUUCACCUGCUCUGAGUGCGGGAAGGGAUUCUUUCGGUCAUCUGGGCUGUUGAUGCACCAGCGUAUUCACACUGGGGAGAGGCCAUUCGGUUGCUCCGAGUGUGGGAAGGGCUUCAUUCGGUCGUCUGAGCUGCUGGUCCAUCAGCGAAUUCACACUGGCGAGAAGCCAUUCACCUGCGCUGAGUGUGGGAAGGGAUUUGUUCAGUCGUCCCAGUUACUAAAACACCAGCGGGUUCAUGCUGGGGAGAGGCCUUUCAUCUGCUCCGAGUGUGGAAAAGGAUUCGCUCAUUCAUCCCAUCUGACCUUGCACCAGCAGGUUCACACUGGGCAGAGGUUGUUCAGCUGCUCUGUGUGUGCGGAGGGAUUUGCUCGGUCAUCUGAGUUGAUGAUACACCAGCAAAUUCACACUGCUGAGAGGCCGUUCAUCUGCUCCGAGUGCGGGAAGAGCUUUGUUCAAUCAUCCCAGUUACUGAAACACCAGUGCGCUCAAAGUGACGAGAAGCCUUUCACCUGCUCUGUGUGUGGGAAAGGAUUCAGUUAUUUGUCCAACCUGACCUUGCACCAGCAAACCCACACUGGGGAGAGGCCGUUCAUCUGCUCUGAGUGUGGGAAGAAAUUUACUCAGUCAUCUAGCCUGGUGAGGCACCAGCGAGUUCACGUUGGGGAGAAGCCAUUCUCCUGCGCCGAGUGCGGGAAGAGGUUCAUUCAGUCGUCCAGCCUGGUAAGGCACCAGCAAAUUCACACGGGCGAGAGGCCGUUCUCCUGCUGUGAGUGUGGGAAGAGGUUCACUCAGUCAUCGAGCGUGGUGAGGCACCAGCAAAUUCACACGGGCGAGAGGCCGUUCACCUGCUUUGAAUGCGGGAAGAAGUUCACUCGGUCGUCCAACCUGGUAAGACACCACCAAAUUCACACCGGGACGAAUCCAACCUCCUGUAAAGUGUGUGGGAAGAGGUUUGUGCACUUAUCCAGCCUGAUGAUACAUCAGCAACUUCAUGUUAGAGACGGGCCUGAUCACCUGUUUUGAAUGGGGGAGAAGGGUCCCUUGGUUGUCGAGCCUGGUGAGACACCAGCAAAUUCACACUGAGGAGAAAAAAUGUUGUGUGCUGACUAUUUCAAUCAUUACUGCUGUUGAAACCAAACGCACGUUAAUAUUACAGGUAUUGGAUUUAGUCGAUAUUUCUACUGCUGGGUACACCCAGGAUUGAACCUUAGUUAUUGGGCACUGUGAUUUUAAUUUUUGCUGAUGUUAGGAAUGCCUAUAACUGGGCUAGAAUUUAAUUUUCUGGAUCUGUGUUAAAAUAAAUUGUUUCUGCUUUCAA